AUGACCCUAGUGAAUGACAGCCACCCUGAGGAGCUCAUUCUACUAGGCUUUGCUGACCGUCCAUGGCUGGAGCGUCCUCUGUUUGUGCUUCUUCUGAUCACAUACCCCAUGGCCUUGCUGGGAAACAUCGCCAUCAUCCUGGUGUCCAUAUUAGACCCCCGGCUCCGCAGCCCCAUGUACUUCUUCCUCACCAACCUCUCCUUUUUGGACAUGUGUUACACCACCAGCAUCGUCCCCCUAAUGCUGUACUGCUUGGGAAGCUCUACAAAGACCAUCAGCUAUGCUACAUGUGUCGUUCAGCUGUAUGUCUACAGCACAAUGGGAGGUUCUGAAAGCCUGCUCUUGGCCACGAUGUGUUUUGACCGCUAUGUGGCCAUCUGCAGACCUCUGCACUACACCCUCAUUAUGAACCAGCGCACCCGCAUCCUCUUAGUGUCCAUCGUGUGGCUGGGUGGAAUGGCUUAUUCCUUCUCAGAAGUCACAGUUACCUUCCAGUUGCCACUGUGUGGUCACAAUCAACUGGAUCACUUGGUGUGUGAGAUUCCAGUUCUGAUCAAGACAGCCUGUGGUGAAAAGGAGGCCAAUGAACUUGCACUCUCUGUGGUAUGCAUUUUUUUAUUAGCUGUUCCUCUGUGCCUGAUUCUGGCUUCUUAUGCAUGUAUUGGACGUGCUAUCUUGAAGAUGAAAUCUUCUGAAGGAAGGAAAAAGGCCUUUGGAACAUGUUCCUCUCAUCUCAUUGUAGUUCUUUUAUUUUAUGGUCCAGCCUUUAGCAUGUACCUUGAGCCUCCAUCCUUCAUCUCAAGGAACCAGCCCAAGUACAUGGCUCUCUUCUAUGGAGUGGUGACUCCUACCCUCAACCCCUUCAUCUACACUCUGAGGAAUAAAGAUGUCAAGGGGGCAUUAAGCAGCCUGGUGAAGAGGAUCUUUGUUUCCAAGUGA